CAAAUUUGAAGAAUCGUCGUCGGAAAAGUGAAAAUUGACGGAAAAUCAUCCGAAAAGGCUUGUCAGAUUUUUCCCCGUGGAAAAUGAGAAUGUUUGCAGUUUUUCUAGCGGUUUCUGUUUUCGUCCUUUCCACAGCAAUCCCAACCCAACUAAAAGACACAAAUCCAGUAACAAUUCCUGCAUGUCCUGCAGGAUCCCGACCUCUCUUAAGACCCGAUGGUCAGCCAAGAAAAUGCCUACCACAUCAGAACUCAUUGUGUAUUAAUGCGUUGCCGGAUAAGCCAAACGCUGACACCGUCUGCUGCUACCACAACCAGGUCGACUAUUACUGCUGCCUGGACACUACCGAACAACAAUGCCCAGACUACCAUCAGGUUACUGUAGUCAUUCAUAACAGUUUCCCUCAGAACCCGUUUGCGUUGAAGAGCUUCUUCUUCAAGGAUGGUAUUGAGGAUGAUAUAAUUGAUGCAACAUUUGGCCGUGGAGAUGAGGGACUUCAGAAUGAAAACGGGCUUCUUGUACGUCAUCAGCAACCUCAGGGAAAUGAGAUUUUGAAGCAAUAAGAAUUAAUCACGACAUGUGUAAUUUACAUUGGUGUUGACUAUUUUGAACAUAUUAAUAAUUAUUAUUUUAAUAAGAAUGUUAAAAAAUAAAGUAAUAACGAAAUGCUCAAAAAU